UUUGCAGGUACCACAUAUGGAAAUGAAAUCAGACCAACUAAAACUGAGGAGUUUGCUGUUCAGGGUUCAAGUGUUACAUUAUCCUGCAGUUAUUCAUCUGCACAGUCUUUAUUCUGGUACCGUCAGUAUCCCGGAUCAGCUCCUGAAUUCCUCGUAACCAUCACAUAUCGUGCAACAGAAGCUAAGAAGUCUGAUAUAGAUCCCAGAUUCACUGCUAAACCCAACAAAGAAAAGCAAAACCAUGUGGAUCUGGAGAUCUCCUCUGCUAAAGUGACAUACUCUGCUUUGUACUACUGUGCCCUGACGCCCACAGUGACAGGAAACACAAAACCACUGUACAAAAACCUGACACAUCUGAGAAGACAAAUCUUUAUUCCUCUGCAGAUUAUCUAUACUGGUACCGUCAGUAUCCCGGAUCAGGUCCUGAAACAUCUUGUGCUCAUCUUUGAUGGUGCAACAAACACCGAAAAAUCUGACGUAGAUCCAAGACUCUCAGUUAUACUCACUAAACGGGAACAAAAGCAUGUGGAUCUGAUCAUCUCCUCUGCUGCUGUAUCAGACUCUGCUCUGUACUACUGUGCUCUGCAGCCCACAGUGACAGGAAACACAUCAGUUCUCUACAAAAACCCUUUACCCAGUGAGAGCGAGCAAGAAUAUCAUACAGUCUUAAAUUGA